AUGGAAGUUCCUCCUACAGGUGAGAUGGUGCUCGUCAUGCCAGAGUGGCUCGUCUGGCUGGGAGGUCUCCUGGCGCGUGGACCCGUGGCCACGAGAGAAGUGGUUCUGGGCACAUGUGUGCUCGCUGGCACGUGGUACUUCGCUCGACAGCUGCGGUCCAAGCUUCCGAAGUGGAAUGGCGCGCUGGCGGCUCUCACGGACACGAUCAAAGACGUGCUGCCGCCCAUGCUGGAGACCAUGGUCGCAGAGGCGGUGCAGAAGGCGAUGCCACCCGUGGCGGGCUCAAGCCCUGCCGCUGAUGGUGGGGAGACGCUGCAGGAAUGCCUGCCACGUGUCUUGGCGGAUGUCCUGCCUACCAUGGUCACGGAAGCAGUGACACGGGCGAUCCCGAAGACCGCUCAGGGUGACGGCGAUGGGGGCACGGCGAUCCUAGCUGUGGACACUCUGUCGGAUACUGUCACGCAAGCCUUGGACAGCAAACUUGCUUUGCUGCAACCUCUCGACAAGAUCAAGACCCUCUUCUCCAACUUCACGGAUCUAAAGAAGGAAUUCGAAACACUGCAAAACUCCGUCAACCAGAUUGCGAUGGCGGCGGACAAGAAUGCGAUUGCCCGCUUCACCACCCUGCAUGGAGCGAUGAAGAAGGGCUUUCAGAGCUUGGAGCAGGGGCUCGCUGGACGAGUUGAGGCCUGCGUGGCCAAGCUGGAAGGUCUUGCUGACUCGCUUGGAGAUGUGGGCACGAAGCUUGAGAGCCAGUGCCACAAGCUCGAGAAACAAGGAGAUCGCAUUGAGAGCAUGCUGCGCGAGAAGCUCACUUCCUUGCAAGCUGAUGUCAAUCGUCUCCUUGGCGAGCUCAAUCAGCAGGGACGAGACAUGCAGUCCACCAUGAGGCGCAACGUGCAGGCUGUGGACUCUGCAGCCCAAGCUGUGGCUUCAAUGGGCGCGGGAUUCGCAGCGCCGCCCUUGGACUCCUCUGGAGUUAAGGAGACGGUCCAGAUCACGCAGAACCUCGCGAUCGCACAGGAGGAGGCCUUGGACAUUCUCCGUACACUACGUGACCGCCCGGCUCCAACGCCUCCUCGAGAUCGUCCACAAGGCCAGGAGGUGCCCCUUGCGACUCCGGUACAGAUGCCAACGUCGCAAAACACGAUGAGGUCGGUGAUCAACCUGGCACGCAGACUCCCUGGGCCCUCGGUGUCCAUGGCGAGAGUGAUUUUUCCGAGUGGCAGACAGAUGUUU